GAUUUAUUAUAUGUAUUACUUUUCAUAAAUCAUGCUUUUGUUGUGCAUUAAUGAGUUAAUUUGCACACACACAAACACACACACACAAAGAAAAAUUAUGAAAAGGUAUAAAAUAAAUGAACUCUUCAAAUAUUCAUUAAAGAAAAAGAGUGCAAAAUUUAAAACCUGCAAAACUAAUUUCUAAUUUAAUAUAAAAGGUCUACAAAUCAAAAUAAGAAGGUCUGCAAUUUCUCAGAAAACAAACGCUGCAACACUGAUGCACACUUCACUUAUUCAUUGUGAAACUGCCACAUUAGCAAAAGGAAAUGACCAGAAUUACUAAAGUGAGAAAUGUAUUGUCACUACAGUGCAGUCAAACAACAAGUCAACCAAGACAACACAACACAACACAGAGAUGGAUCCUGUCACCACCAACAACUAUGUUGGGAACAGUACUACACCAGAUUACUACAACUACUAUGAGCCAUUAAUUCCAAUGUGUCAAGCUGACGACUAUAAAACGACCACCGGAAUCUGCUACGCCAUCAUCUUCUUCAUUAGCAUCCUCGGAAAUGGUUUCCUCAUUGGUGCAUUAACCUGCUACGAAGAUCUGAAGCGGGCCACCAAUCUCUUCAUGUUCUGCCUGGCGCUUUUCGAUCUUGUGUUCACCCUGACCUUGCCUUUCUGGUCCACAGAGUUCCUUCAUCACUGGGUUUUCGGUGACGUUGCGUGUAAAAUCAUGACCGGGGCAUAUUUUGUAGGCAUCUACGGAAGUCUCAUCCUUCUCACCGCCAUGACCCUUGAUCGAUUUGUUGUGGUGGUGGUGAGAAGCUACUGGCUAACAAGGAGUCGAAGGCUUAAAUGCGCAAAAGGCGCCUGCAUCGGAGCCUGGAUCAUCAGCUUGAUUGCUUGCUUAAGAGAUUCGGUCUCUGCAAAAGUGCAAAACAUACACAUAGAGAAUUAUUCAUGCCAAAGCAUCAGCACAACUGAUGAAACGUUUGGAUAUUACGCGCAGCUCAUUCUGCUGUUCUUCGUGCCAUUCGCUGUCAUCGUUUUUUGUUACGCCAAAAUCCUCAUGACCUUCAUGUCAACGUCGACCAAGCAGAAAUCCAGGACCGUGAUACUGGUGCUGUGUAUUGUUGUAGCUUUCUUCAUAUGCUGGGGUCCCUAUCAUAUCAUCGUGGUCUUGAUGUCCAUCUAUGAUUUUGAUGCCUGCAAGCAUUACGAGCUGCAUAUUGCGUUUAUCGUCUGCAGGAUUCUGGCCUUUUCUCACUGCUGCAUCAACCCGGCGCUGUAUAUCGUCCGUGGGAAGUACAGAAAGCUUUUGUGCAGCUUGUUGUUUUGCUCUCCAGAUCUCAGACACUCCAGGUCUUACAGAGGGCCGACGGAUCCCAGCGGCUUUAGGGAGCAUUCCUGCGCGAAUGAAACAGGAAACUGUGGAGCGAUACAAACUAAUGCCACAGAGAUUUAGACAGCUGGGAUGCACACAAUCGAUUUGCGUUGGGGCAAAAUGAAGGAAUUAAGUUAGCUUAUUAGUUUUUACAAGCUAAAUGAAUUUAACAUAAAACAAUUAAGUUGUCCCCCCCAAAAACUCAGGAAUUUUGUUUUUUCAGCUCAUUUUAAAUAAGCAGUUAGUGUAUGAAAAAAAAUUUUUAACUCAGAGAAAAAUAAUCUGGAUUGUAUAAUGUUGCAUUUACGUUGUAAGAAUGAG